GGGAGGGGGCUAGGCUCACGGCUUCUCUCAGUCACCGCCCACUCUGUUUCUUGUUCUGUCACCCACUUACACACUCACUACUCAGUUACUCAUUGUCUACUGUUCAUUCACUCACUACAUUCACUUAUUUAUCUUUCCAUUCAUUCAUUCACUCACUACAUUCAUUUAUUCAUCUCUCCAUUUAUUCAUUCAUUCAUUCACUACAUUCACUUAUUCGUCUACCCAUUCUUCAUUUACUUGCUCGCCUGCUUGUUCAUGUAGUGAGCAUUUGUUCAUUCACUCAUUUUGUCCGCCAUUCCUCAGUUUCAUCUGUUCUUCAGUCAUCCAUCCCCUCAUUCUCCAUCCGCUUACCCAGCCACCUCUUUGGCAUUCAGCUACCCAUCUCACUUAAAAUCCCUUCUUUCUUCCACUGUGCCUCGGUCUUCACUGGCUCAUUCACUCACUUUUCUCCAUUCACUGAUUCAUGUUUAUUCUCAUGCCUCAGUUGUGAGAGGCACCCCAAGACGGUGCUGGGAAUGAGGAAAUAGAAUGAUCUUGGACUCUUCCUGGGUUUGUGGAUGCGUCAGCGAGCUGAACAACUCGGAUAAGGAAAGGAAGGGGGCCUCGGGAGAGCCCGGCUCUACAUCACGUGUGCAGUUACUCUGCAUCUCAAGGAGGGGAUCAUGCACCAGCUUUCCAGAGAUGUCUGUGUUUCUGCUGUGGGCAUGCCCUGGGGAAGGACCGGAAGCUCACCAAGCUUGAACGGCAGCGGUUCAAAGAGGAGGCGGAGAUGCUGAAAGGCCUGCAGCACCCCAACAUCGUGCGCUUCUACGACUUCUGGGAGUCCAGCGCCAAGGGCAAGCGAUGUAUCGUGCUGGUAACGGAGCUGAUGACCUCGGGGACACUGAAGACGUACUUGAAGCGGUUCAAGGUGAUGAAGCCCAAGGUACUGAGAAGCUGGUGCCGGCAGAUCCUGAAAGGCCUGCUGUUCCUGCAUACAAGGACACCCCCCAUCAUUCACCGAGACCUCAAGUGCGACAACAUCUUCAUCACGGGACCCACUGGCUCUGUGAAGAUUGGUGACUUGGGCCUGGCCACCCUUAAAAGAGCAUCAUUUGCCAAAAGUGUGAUAGGUACCCCUGAGUUCAUGGCGCCUGAAAUGUAUGAGGAGCACUACGAUGAGUCAGUUGAUGUCUACGCCUUCGGGAUGUGUAUGCUGGAGAUGGCCACCUCAGAGUACCCCUAUUCGGAGUGCCAGAACGCCGCCCAGAUCUAUCGCAAGGUCACCUGUGGCAUCAAGCCGGCCAGCUUUGAGAAGGUGCAUGAUCCUGAGAUCAAGGAGAUCAUCGGAGAGUGCAUCUGUAAGAACAAAGAAGAAAGGUAUGAGAUCAAGGACCUGCUGAGUCAUGCCUUCUUCGCGGAAGACACGGGCGUCCGGGUGGAACUUGCAGAGGAGGACCAUGGCAGGAAGUCUACUAUAGCCCUGCGGCUUUGGGUGGAAGACCCCAAGAAGCUGAAGGGCAAGCCCAAAGACAAUGGAGCCAUAGAAUUUACCUUUGACUUGGAGAAGGAGACCCCCGACGAGGUGGCCCAGGAAAUGAUUGAUUCUGGAUUCUUCCAUGAGAGUGAUGUGAAGAUUGUGGCCAAGUCCAUCCGUGACCGGGUAGCACUAAUCCAGUGGCGGCGUGAGAGGAUCUGGCCUGCGCUCCAGUCUCAGGAGCCAAAGGACUCGGGCAGCCCUGACAAGGCCAAGGGUCUGCCAGCACCCCUGCAGGUCCAGGUGACCUACCAUGCACAGAGUGGGCAGCCUGGACUGCCAGAACCCGAGGAGCCUGAGGCUGACCAGCAUCUCCUGCCCCCUACGUUGCCAGCGAGCGUUACCUCCUUAGCCUCGGACAGCACUUUCGACAGCGGCCAGGGCUCCACUGUGUACUCGGACUCCCAGAGCAGCCAGCAGAGCAUGGUGCUCAGCUCCCUCGUGGAUACGACUCCGACCCCAGCCUCAUGUGUGUGCAGCCCCCCUGUGGCUGAGGGGCCUGGCCUGACCCACAGCCUGCCUGCGCUAGGGGCCUUCCAGCAGCCGGCCACUGUGCCUGGCCUGUCAGUGGGCCCUGUGCCUCCCCCUGCUCGCCCUCCACUCAUCCAGCAGCAUUUUCCAGAACCUUCCAUGAGCUUCACUCCUGUGCUACCACCACCCAGCACCCCUGUGCCCACGGGCCCAAGCCAGCCAGCACCCCCAGUCCAGCAGCCUCUUCCAAUGGCCCAACCACCUACCCUGCCACAGGUCCUGGCCCAGCAGCCCGUGGGCGCUGUCCAGCCAGUGCCCUCUCAUUUGCCUCCAUACCUGGCUCCAACCUCCCAGGUGGUGGCCCCUGCUCAGCUGAAGCCUCUCCAGAUGCCGCAGCCACCUCUGCAACCUCUUGCUCAAGUCCCUCCGAAGAUGCCUCAAAUGCCUGUGGUCCCCCCCAUCACUCCCUUGGCAGGACUCGACGGCCUCCCUCAGACCCUCACUGAUCUGCCAGCUGCAAACGUGGCCCCUGUGCCGCCGCCUCAGUAUUUCCCACCCGCUGUGAUCUUGCCAAGCCUCACAACGCCCCUGCCCACAUCACCGGCCCUGCCUCUGCAGGCUGUCAAGUUGCCUCAUCCCCCUGGAGCACCCCUGGCUGUGCCCUGCCAGACCAUCGUGCCAAAUGCACCAGCUGCUAUCCCCCUGCUGGCCGUGGCCUCGCAGGGUGUGGCCGCACUGUCCAUCCAUCCAGCAGUGGCCCAGAUCCCGGCCCAGAUCCCAGCCCAGAUCCCGGCCCAGAUCCCAGCUCAGCCUGUGUACCCAGCAGCCUUCCCCCAGAUGGCACCUGGAGACAUCCCGCCCUCACCCCACCACACGGUGCAGAGCUUACGGGCCACCCCUCCACAGCUGGCCUCACCUGUGCCUCCUCAGCCUGUCCAGCCCAGUGUCGUCCAUCUACCUGAGCAGGCUGCUCCAACCGCUGCCUCAGGGACCCAGGUCCUGCUGGGCCACCCUCCUCCUCCGUACACGGCGGAUGUCGCUGCUCCAGUGUCUGCUGUGUCCCUGCCGCCUGCUGCCCUUUCCCCUCCUCUGCCAGAGGCUCUGCUGCCCGCUGCCCCCGAGCUCCUGCCCAAGCUCCCCGGCUCCCUGGCCGCCACAGUGGCCGCCGCCUCUCAGAGCGUGCCCACCCAGACCUCGACGCUACUCCCGCCAACAAACCCACCUCUGCCCACGGGGCCUGCGGUCGCGGGUCCCUGCCCUGCUGUCCAGCUCACGGUGGAAGUGGCUCCAGAGGAGCAGGCCUCGCAAGACAAGCCCCCUGGCCCCCCACAGAGCUGUGAGAGCCUUGGAGGUUCCGAUGUUACCUCUGGAAGAGACCUGAGUGACGGCUGUGAAGGCACCUUUGGAGGGGGCAGGCUGGAGGGUAGGGCUGCCCGGAAACACCACCGUAGGUCCACUCGUGCGCGCUCCCGGCAGGAGAGGGCCAGCCGGCCUCGGCUCACUAUUCUGAAUGUGUGUAACACGGGGGACAAGAUGGUGGAAUGUCAGCUGGAAACGCAUAACCAUAAGAUGGUGACCUUCAAGUUUGACCUUGAUGGGGACGCUCCUGAUGAGAUUGCCACAUACAUGGUAGAGCAUGACUUCAUCCUGCCCGCCGAGCGAGAGACAUUCAUCGAACAGAUGAAGGAUGUCAUGGACAAGGCGGAAGACAUGCUCAGUGAGGACACAGAUGCUGACCAUGGCUCUGACACAGGGACCAGCCCUCCACACCUGGGUACCUGUGGUCUGGCCACGGGGGAGGAGAACGGACAGUCCCAAGCCAACGCCCCUGUCUAUCAGCAGAACGUCUUGCACACGGGGAAGAGGUGGUUUAUCAUCUGUCCAGUGGCUGAACAUCCAGCGACAGACACUUCUGAGUCAUCACCUCCACUUCCUCUAAGCUCCUUACAGCCAGAAGCCAGCCAAGACCCAGCGCCCUAUCCAGACCAGCCGUCCUUGAAGGACAAACCUAGUUUCCCAGCUGCCCAGCAGCUCCUGAGCCAGGCAGGCUCCAGCAACCCUCCUGGUGGAGCCUCAGCCCCCUUGGCCCCGUCUUCCCCUCCUGUGACUACUGUAACCCCGGCAGCACCAGCCACCAGCACCGUGCCAGAGUCAGCAUCAGGGACUGCCGUGCCGGCAGGGGCCCCAGGGACCCAUCAAGGACCAGCCAGUAUCCAUGAGACCCACCAGCCACUGGUCGAGACUCACCAGUGUGCUACCCAGCCCCUCAGCACUGGCCAAGGACCUUGCACCCCAGCUCCAGAAGCCUCUCGCUGCUCCACGGGUCUGGGGGAGCCCGUCUCAACCAGGGAGGUCAGCACUAUAGGGGAGCCCCUGCCUGCUUCAGUGCCAGAGCCCAGCCCCCCCAUCGGGGCCACACAGCCCGUGCCGGGUCAGCCACCACCCCCGCUGCCCAGCACAGUGGGAGCUGUCAGCCUGGCAACUCCCCAGCUCCCCAGUCCCCCCCUGGGGCCUACUGCUCCCCCACCACCCCCCUCAGCCUUGGAAUCCGAUGGGGAAGGGCCACCCCCUAGGGUAGGCUUCGUGGACAACACCAUCAAGAGCCUGGAUGAGAAACUGCGGACUCUGCUCUAUCAGGAGCACGUGCCCACCUCCUCAGCCUCGGCUGGGACUCCCAUGGAGGCAAGCGAUAGAGACUUCACCUUGGAGCCCCUGCGAGGAGACCUGCCCUCAGCUUUGAGUGACAGGACCCCAAGCCUCCCCCAGCAGGCCCAGCCCUCAUUGGAAAAGUCAGAAACGGCCCCUGCAGGAUGGGCCCUGGCCCAGCGGGAACAGGGUGCGUCUUCUCCAAUGACAGCAGAGUCAUCUUCCAGCAACACCCUGGGCUGUGACAGUGACACAGGGCAGGUGGCCUCAGACUCCCCCCCAGCACCCGGUGUCCCCCAGGAUGCCCCUGUCUCUUCCAUCCCUACUCCACACAUGGAUCCCAAAGAUCAGAACAGCAGUGUUCCCAGAGAAGCCUUGGCUGCACCCGGGCAGAGUUGCCCGGGGACCUUCACAGAGGGUAGCCCAGCCCAGAUGCGUGGCGCUCGGGUCUCCGGGUCCCCUCAUAAGCGGCCGGGGCAGCAGGACGGCAGUUCUCCAGCCAAAACCGUGGGCCGCUUCUCUGUGGUCAGCACACAAGACGAGUGGACUCUGGCGUCGCCCCACAGCCUGCGGUACUCUGCCCCCCCUGAUGUUUACCUGGAUGAGAUCCCCUCCAGCCCUGAUGUGAAGCUGGUAGUGCGGCGGGUCCAGACAGCCUCCUCCAUCGAGGUUGGCGUGGAGGAGCCUGCCUCCAGUGACUCUGGGGAUGAGUGCCCGAGGAGGAGGCCUCAGGUGCAGAAGCAGUCCUCUCUGCCGGGUAGUGGCGGUGUGGCAAGCGACUUCGUGAAGAAGGCCACUGCCUUCCUGCACAGGUCUUCAAGGGCGGGCUCGCUGGGCCCUGAGACACCCAGCAGGGCAGGCGUGAAGGUCCCCACCAUCAGCAUCACCUCCUUCCACUCCCAGUCAUCCUACAUCAGCAGCGACAAUGACUCAGAGUUUGAGGAUGCAGACAUAAGGAAGGAACUGCGAAGUCUGCGGGAAAAGCACCUGAAGGAAAUCUCUGAGCUACAGAGCCAACAGAAGCAGGAGAUUGAAGCCCUGUACCGCCGCUUGGGCAAGCCACUCCCCCCCAACGUGGGGUUCUUCCACACGGCACCUCCCAUGGGCCGCAGGAGAAAAACCAGCAAGAGCAAACUGAAGGCUGGCAAGCUGCUGAACCCUCUGGUGCAGCAGCUCAAGGUCGUGGCCUCCAGCACAGGGUCAGCCCUGAAGCGUCUCUGCCUAGGCAAAGAACACAGCAGUAGGUCUUCCACCAGCAGCCUGGCCCCAGGCCCUGAGCCAGGUCCCCAGCCCACCCUGCACGUCCAGGCACAGGUGAACAACAGCAACAAUAAGAAAGGCACCUUCACGGAUGACCUGCACAAGCUCGUGGACGAGUGGACAACCAAGACGGUGGGCGCCGCGCAACUGAAGCCCACACUCAACCAGCUGAAGCAGACGCAGAAGCUGCAUGACAUGGAGGCCUCUGGCGAGGCGCGGGCUGUUCUGCGCCCAGCCCGCUCUGGCUUUGGACCGCUGGAGCUUAUGGCCCACAGACAGACAACUGUGCCUCCAGCAGGAGUGAGGACACCGUGUUUGGCCCCGGCACCUGGCCCUCUGUCCACCACAGCCAUUCCUGGAGCCACCCCAGCCCUGCCUGUGCCCAUACCAGGUACUGUCCACUCCAGCCUCUCAGGCCCUCCCUGUGCACUGCCUCUGAGUCAGUAUGGAGGCCUGCUCCCUGUUCCUGUGUCCUGGGGGCCCUGGGUGGCCUCAGAGGACCCACAGGGGUCUUGGGGCAGUCAGAGCCCCACUAAGGUCCCUGUGCUGCCAGUGUUCCUGCGGCCACCUGUUAUCAGCACGCCAGGCCCCCGGCUGCACAUCACGUAGCCCUCUGCCCUGCCCUGGCCAGAUGGAGCACUCUGAAUCGUGUGGAAGAACCCGGUUGUGGUGUGGCCUCCUCAUGGCUCCUCCACAUGGGCCCAGGGCACAGAGCCCCAGCCAAGGGGGCAGGAGAGGGCAGCAAGACGCUUUCCCUGCUGCCUCAGACCCCACCACUCUUAGGUCCCUACAGUCUUACACAGGCAGGCUUCACAUCCACUGCCUGUCCUUGGUUGAGGAUUAGAACCUCGUCAUCCCCCUGCAGCAGCCCAGUGCCUUGAAUUCCAGCUUUUCUGUUUCCUGUUGGAAAGACAUGUUUUAAAAGGCCAUUGAUCAGCCAAGGUGGAUUUCAUUACGGUUAACAUGUCCAUUGCUGUCUCCACUGUCCGAUGUUGCAGAGAUGGGAAUGGGGUGCUGAUAUGAAGCUGAUAGUUGUAGUGGUAAACACCUUCUUAAAAACAGAAACGAAAGUGAACAUUAACAAUAUGACCUGCCAAUGCUGGAUGAGCCUAUCUCAGCCCUGGAUAGAGUGAGGUCACCCUGGUCAUGUUCAAUAACAGAGCCACAGGACCCGCCUGAAGUUAUUCUCCCUGGGAGGAAUGUCAGCAGCUUUGUUGAGCCGAGAGGAUCCUGCCAAGAAACACACGGGUGAAUGCCCUGGUAGCCAGCAGGCUGUUAUGAGCACCAUACAGACAAACACCACCAUUCAGCUCAGGGGUCCCCACUCUCUUCCUUUUCCAUGGUUUCCGCAGAGGCCUGUGCUCUGCCCACCCUACCCUGCAAAUUCCUCUCCAGGCUAUCCUCAGGCCUGCCUACUGAGGGGUGGAGUAUUUCUGGAGGUUUCCAUGACACUUGUCCUGGGGGGCGAUGAAAGCCCCCUGACUCCCUCUGGGCAAAUGUUUUAUGCCUCCAGUUGGAGGGUGGGCUGCCUGGGGUGACCCUGCUGUGAACUGUACAGUUAAGCUGUACUCAUGAGAACCAGCUAAAUUGUUUUGGUUUAAAUACACUAUUCCAUCAAUUCCGUUAGAAUUGAAUUUUCAGGGGGCUGAGCAGAGUCUUCUGCCAGGCCACAACAAUGCAAUAAGAGAUUUCUGUUCUCUGCGUCUGGUCCGAAAACCACCCGGGCCCGCUUCUUAGUGAAGGGAGCCUGACUUCUCUCACUCUUCUUGCUCCCAAGUCCUUUCCUACUAUGACAACACUAGUGGCAUGGGAUCCCCAAGAGACUGUAUGUGUGAAGGAGAAAAAUAAACGUUUGCUUGAAAAUACUGUGAAA